GAACUGGCAACGUUCAGAGCUCAUUCGUUUCGGUCAUCUCAAACAAAUCAUAACAAAAAAAAUUCCAGCUGAAUUUUUGUUAGAUAUUUUAUAGCAAAAGUGUUUUGUCAGGUUUAGAGUUCAGAUUGUGUCGGUGACCAUGGACGGCUUUAAUAACGGUAGCAACUUCGACUACAGCGGCUACUCGCAGCGGUCAUCGCCCAGUUACAACGGUUUCUGCUGUAAUUGUCCAGGUGGCAUCUGCCCAAGAAUGUCUAGCCAGGACCAGGGCCAGGCCAAGGACCAGGGUAUGGGCAGCCAGCGCGGCUGUCCUGGCGGUAACUGCUGUCCCGGCGGUCGUUGUGGCAUCAGUGGGUCUGGCUCCCAUGUAGAAUGGCAAUUUGGACGCUAGCAUCAAAGAGCUGGCGUUUCCAUUGAACCCGGAACCUGACAAGGCAGCUGCAGUCUUCCAAAAUGUCAAUCUUAUAACUGGACAGGAAGAACUUAAACUUUGAAACGGAUACAGUUCAGAUCUAGCCAAAGCAAGGGAACACGGAUAAAAUUCAUAUUCAUAUUCAUGCAUUUUCCAUUUCAUCUCUGCCGAAAUAGUGAAAUUUAAAAACAAAAUAUAGCCACAUCAUAAAACACAGAAAA